AUGAUGACGUCCAAUUAUAACAGCACCAGUAGUGACACCUUUGCGGUGGACGACUUGUUUGGCAGCAUCAGCGCCAACACCUCUGCCAGCCCCUCAGGAACCAGUGCGUCACCCUUGCAUUUCUCUUCCUUCGCCCCGGCGACCCCAAAGGUUACCUCUUCAGCUACUACUGACACCGUUUCGAGUGUGCUGAAUGACCUCUUCGCAGCUCCGACUAUUGCAUCGCCUGGCCAGAGCGAAAACUACGGCAAGCCGGGUGCGAUGCAGGCUAUGAUUUACGUGGACAGAAGCAGUGGCAGUGCGGAGGACGGUGUGACAAACUUGUUUGACCUAUCGAAGCCGGUGAAGAAGGACAAGUACAACAAUGCAGAGAGUCUCCUGGAGGCCUUCGAACGGCAAGGCAAGAAAAGCGUUAGUGGCGACAGGUACGCCGACGAGGGUGAGACACUCGCCAACCUGACGCGAAACAAAGACGACAACAAAGUUCGAGCCCGAUUGCUGGCGCUCAUGAACUACUACGACGUGCUUGGCGUUGCCCCUACGGCAUCGGAGGAGGAGAUCAAGCACAGCUACAAGAAGAAAGCGCUGGAGCUCCACCCUGACCGCGUCGGUCGCAAUCAAACUCCGGAGGAGGCAGAACUGUUCAAGGUAAUCACCAAAGCCAACGAGGUGCUUUCAGACGCGGAGCAGCGCCGUCUGUACGACACGAGUCUUGCCGAUGUUGCUGGACAGUCAGCGACGACCGCGUCAGCAGCAGACUGGUGGAAUCACAUGCAGAGCUGA